CCUUUCCCUUUCGGUGUUCGCUUCGUUCGCACACAUGAAAACUUUGUGAACACCACCAUUAGCACAAGUUGCGCCCAAGCAAGCGAGAGAGGAGUUUGAUUCGAUGGAGCUGAUGGAGGCAGCUGCGUCCGGCUUGGAUCCUGCAGCUGCUCGAUUGGCGGAGGCGCCGAAGCAUCUCCGCUCGGCUUCUCGCGCCAUGGAGGGACUUGCCGCCGAGAUCCAAUCGCGGGACGACCUAUACGGGUGCGAGGAGGAGAGAUGGGCGCCUAGCUGCCGCGGGAAGGUUGCCGGCCUCGAAGCGGAGGUUAUGAAGGCCUAUAUGCUCAAGAUCUGGUUCAUCUCGGCCGGCGCCGGAAACAAGGUGCUGGCUCUGCAGGCAAGGGAUGCUACCUACCUCAUCGAGGACCUCGAGGACAUGAUCGACUACCGCAGGCUUCAGUCCAACCUCGCCAGGCGCGCCAAGGCACGUAGGCACCAAUCCGACCUGCUCCGCGCUCUCAUGUGUGGUUGGAAGCGGCUGAUUGGUUGCCAUGGGCCAUCGUCUUCGAGUCCAAAAAGCAUCAUCAGGGGGAUCAGUGUUGUGAAUGAAGAAACUCGCAGGCUUGGCCAGCUGCUGGGCAACGGCGCUGGCCCGUCGUCCAAUCCGGCCCCGCUUGACUCGGGCAGGGAAACUGGGCACACGGUGGUAUCUCGGCGCCACAAGGAGCGGGGGGAGAUUGUACAGAUGCUCAUCCAGCCGUGCCACAAGACUGUACCGGAGAUGAUUGUAUGCAUUGUUGGUAUUGGAGGAAUUGGGAAGACCACCCUCGCUCAGAUGGUGUUUAACGAUGCGAGAGUCGGGCAGCAUUUUGAUGUCAAAUGUUGGGUUUCAGUUUCCAACAACAAAAUGAACCUCACUGCAGAGAUUUUAAGGUCGGCCCAACCAGCUUGGGAUGGUUCUGCUGAGAAGAUGGUGGAUUUUGAAAUGCUAAAGUCCGAGCUCCUUCGAUUUGUUGCAUCCAAGAGGUACCUCAUUGUUCUAGAUGAUGUAUGUAACAGCACCGAUGAAAUGCUGCUGGACAUUCUCUCUGCUCUACGGUCUGCAGAUAUCGGGAGCAGAAUUUUGGUGACUUCUCGUAUGAAUAUGAUGCCUUGCAUGCUGGUUACAUCGCAGCUGUACACCGUAAAUCCACUAAAUAGCGAUGAUUGCUGGGCUCUGCUCAAAGAACAUGCUUUUCCGAGUAAUAGCGAGGAUGUCCAUCCAGAUCUGGAGCUGAUUGGGAGGCAAAUUGCUGCAAAAAUUAAUGGAUCACCUUUGAUUGCCAAGCUGGUAGGAGGGGUGCUGGGAGAUACAAGGAGCAAAAUUCACUGGAUGAAUAUCAUGGAAAUAGCAUUACAAGACGACACUAUUUUCCCCGCUCUGCACUUGAGCUACAAGUACCUGCCGGCACACCUCAAGCGAUGCUUCGUAUAUUGCAGUUUGUUUCCGCACGACUAUAAGUUUGAUCCCACACACUUGUCCCACCUCUGGAUUGCCGAGGGUUUUGUUCAACCGCAAGGCAGAGCUGAAAAAAGGAUGGAAGAUGUAGCCAGAGAAUAUUUUGAUGAGCUUCUUUCACGCUCAUUCUUCCAGGAACUCAAGCUUGGACACAAGACAUACUACUUGGUGCAUGACUUGCUCCAUGAUCUUGCAAAGUCUGUUGCAGCAGAGGACUGCGUUCGUAUCGAGGAUGACAUGAACUGUGACAUCAUGUUAACAGUGCGCCACCUGUCAGUCACCAUGAACAGUCUACAUGGUCUAACAAGUUUUGGCAGCCUUGAAAAGCUGCGCACCUUGUUAAUUCAAAGAUCACUUCCAUUCUCUAAUAGUUGCUUCCAACCAGAUUUUGCUGUUGAUUUAAAAAAUCUUCUCUUGAAGUCUAAAAAUUUGCGUGUUCUUGAUCUCAGUGACUUUUGCUUAGAAGAGUUGCCCCGGUGCAUUGGUGACUUAUUGCACCUCCGUUACAUAUCUAUCCAUGGCUCCAUACAGAGACUUCCUGAGUCGAUUGGCAAGCUCCUGCAGCUGCAAACGUUACGCUUCAUUGGGAAAUGUUCCCUUAAUAAGCUCCCUGCAAGCAUUACUAUGCUGGUCAAUUUGCGGCACCUUGAUAUUGAAACAAAGUAUACUGCAGGAUUGGCAGGCAUUGGUCAGUUAGCUAACCUGCAGGGAUCACUUGAGCUCCAUGUUGAGAAGAGGGAAGGGCAUAAACUAGAAGAGCUGAGGAACAUCAAUGGUCUCCGUGGGUCACUCAAAAUAAAGGGUCUAGAAAAUGUUUCAAGCAAUGAAGAAGCUCGCAAAGCUGAGUUGAAUAAGAAAGAAUAUCUUAAUACUCUGAAUCUGGAAUGGAGCUAUGCUAGUAGAAAUAACUCUCUUGCUGCUGAUGCGAAGGUACUCGAAGGUCUACAGCCACACCAAGGCAUACAGGUACUUCAUAUUAGAAGAUAUUGUGGCACCGAAGCUCCCAAUUGGCUACAGUCAUUGCGGCUGCUGUGUUCCUUGCACCUUAUCAAUUGUAGGAGUUUGGUCAUCCUUCCUCCAUUGGGGCUUUUGGGAACACUCAGGUAUUUGCACAUGAAGGAGUUGUGUGCAGUUGAUCGAAUUGGACAUGAGUUUUAUGGCACUGGUGAUGUGGCAUUUCCAUCCCUAAGUGCCCUUGAGCUUGAUGAUUUCCCAAAGUUGCGUGAGUGGUCUGGAAUAGAGGACAAAAACUCAUUUCCAUGCCUUGAAAGGUUAAGUCUAAUGGAUUGUCCAGAAUUGAUCAAAAUUCCUUUGUUCCUCCCAACUACUCGCAAAAUUACAAUUGAGCGUACGCAAUUGAUACCACAUAUGAGGCUUGCCCCUUUUUCUCCAAGUUCAGAGAUGCUUCAGCUGGAUAUUUGCACAAGUUCUGUCGUUCUCAAGAAAUUACUGCAUAAACAUCAUAUAGAAUCCAUUGUAGUGCUAAACAUAAGUGGUGCUGAACAGCUGCUUGUUGCUACUGAACAACUGGGAUCUCUUAUUUCUCUGCAAAGGCUUCAGUUUUCGCGGUGUGAUCUUACUGACCAGACUUUAAGAAGCAUUCUCCAGGAUCUGCCUUGUUUGUCUGCUUUGGAAAUAACAGACCUUCCUAACAUAACAUCAUUUCCAGUAUCAGGAGCACUCAAGUUCUUCACAGUGCUCACUGAGUUGUGCAUUCGCAACUGCCAAUCACUUUGUUCUCUAUCCUCAUUGCAGUGUUUUGAUUCACUAAAAUAUCUGGUGAUUGAGAGAUGCCCUGAAAUAACUGCAGCAUCAUUUCCAGUGAACUUUAGCAACCUUUCAUCUCUUAAGGUGCUGAGGAUAUCUUACUGCUCAGAGCUCCGAUCUUUGCCGGCAUGUGGUCUCCCAUCCUCACUAGAAACACUUCAUAUCAUUGCGUGUCACCCAGAGCUGUCCAAUCAAUUGAGAAACAGGAAAGGACAUUACUCUGAGAAGCUUGCAAUUGUACCUAGCGUGUUGAUUCAGUGAUAAAUAUUUUGGAGGUAUUAUAAAUAUUGAACUGCAAAGGCUGCCUUACUUUUCUGUGAUACUGUCAUGCUCAAUCUUGAGAGACAUGUCUGAUGGUAAUCUAUGUUUGCACGGUGCUGAAACUUUGGAUGGAAGUUGUAGGACACAAGUUUGAACUUUGCAGUUAUCACCUCGAUUUGUGAGAGUCAAAGAAAAUCCAGAUCAUCCUUGUGCUUUGGCAAAUUUGCAAAAGAAUGCACUGCACUUGUAGUAGCCCGCAAUCAUGUAAAUGUAGCCGACUACUGGCUCGCUGCAAUCUUCGUUUUUUUAGAAUGGUACUUGCUGUAUUUUUAUUUCUGUAUUGGUUAUGUUCUCUGUAAUUCGUGUACUCCCUCCGUCCAACAAAAGAUGUCUCAGAUUUAUCAAAAUUUGAAUGUAUGUAGGUAUAACUUAGUGUAUAGAUGCAUUCAAGUUGAAACAUCUUUUGUUGGACGGAGCAAGUAUCAUAUUUUAUAUUUGGGCUUGUGUAAAACCUUGGCCUUGCGAGGUGUUGUCAUCGCUAAGUUGAGUGUUGCUCCUCCGAAGGCAUUGAGGAUCUUGUUCUUCAACUCACUUUUGUAUCCUUGAGGUUUUGGCAUGCGCUUUUGCAAACCAACCGAGUUAUCAA